AGGCCUGCCGCCUGCACCCCGCCUGUCCUCCCUGCUUGCCUGGCCAGGGCCCGGCCGCCCGCCCGUGGAUGAGCCACAGGACCUCCUCCACCUUCAGAGCGGAGAGAAGCUUCCACUCCUCCUCUUCGUCCUCCUCCUCCUCGUCCUCCCUGGCCUCCCGUGCCCUCCCGGCCCAGGACGCACCCAUGGAGAAGGCCUUGAGCAUGUUUUCUGAGGACUUUGGCAGCUUCAUGCGGCCUCACUCAGAGCCCCUGGCCUUCCCAGCCCGUCCCGGGGGGCCCGGCAACAUCAAGACCCUGGGAGACGCCUAUGAGUUUGCGGUGGACGUGAGCGACUUCUCUCCUGAGGACAUCAUCGUCACCACCUCCAACAACCACAUCGAGGUGCGGGCCGAGAAGCUGGCAGCUGAUGGCACGGUCAUGAACACCUUUGCUCACAAGUGUCAGCUGCCGGAGGACGUGGACCCCACAUCGGUGACCUCGGCCCUCCGAGAGGACGGCAGCCUCACCAUCCGGGCGCGGCGCCACCCGCACACAGAGCAUGUCCAGCAGACCUUCCGGACAGAGAUAAAAAUCUGAGGGACUUCCCUCCCCCUGCCCUCCCCCGACUCCCCUGCCUGGUCCCCCCCUGGCCUGCCAGAAAAGUUUUCCUGACCCCCUGCGGGACAGCUUCCAGGACGUCUCAGCCCCGGUUUCCAGACCCCAGGUGGGUCAUCCCCCCAAAAAACUGAGUCUUCUGCUCUGCCCAGGGCAGGUCAGGGACUGCCCUGACCUCACCCAUGGCGCCCCCCAGAUAGAUGUGGCCUCUUUUACUCAAACCAGAAUAGAGGGUUGGGGUGGGGAAGGGGACAUCCCAGAGACCCCACUUUGGGGGGAGGGGGCAUUGGGACAGGCAGGAAUUCUGGGCAAAUCAUCUGCAGGACAGUCACAUUCUUUUGUCUCUGGGACCUCUGCAGGGCAGGGGAGGGGGAUGGCCAGGGCCCGAAGGAGGGAGUGCAAGGACAGAGGGAGCUAGGCCGCAGCCCCCCAUCUGAGUUCAAAGGCUAGGGGCACCAGCAGGCCAGAGGAGGCAGCCAAGAUGGGUGGGAAACUCCUCUCUGCCCCUUUCUAAGCCCCUAACCAGCACCAGGCCCCUGCCACCUGGUGCCCCCAGCCAGCCAGCUGCGCAGGGCAGGGCCAUGCGUGUCUGUGGAUUGAUGGGGUUUUUCCAAUACAGCCGGUUCGUGAUAAAUUGCACUCCUGUCUGUUACCUGCUUGAGCCCCGGGCAAGACCGAGGGGCGGGGCUGGUACUUCUCUCUCCCACCCCCAGGCCUGGGCUCCUGGGGCUGCCUCCACUGCACAGGCCACCCCACCAGGUGGAAGAGUGUGGUUGGGGCUUCAGGUCCUCCAGGUGGGACCCCAGCUUCUCGCCAGUCUUCCCCUGUGGCAAGUUUCCUCCCAUUCUUCCUGUAACCUAUGAAUCUAUAGACUGUGUGUGUUCUGCACACACACACACACACACACACACACACACACACACGGGUGGUUGUCUUGCGAAGCGUUACCAUGGGUGGAGGCAGGAUCCAGAACAUUCUAACAUUCAGUUUACAAUCUUCAUUUUUAUCAACGGGGAACCAGUGUCCAGCAUGAGCGCCCAGGCUACACACUGCAGGUGGGAUUUGAACCCAAGACAUCAAACCAACACCCCACUCUGUGUCCUGAGGAGCAGUUCCCCUCAUUUGCCCACCUUGGUCUAUGUACCCUGCCCCCACAUCUUCCUGCUGGCCCAGGCCUCAGUCGUAGAGAGAGGUGCCUGCUCCAGGGCAGGUGCCCCCAGUCAGCCCUCACUCUGGGGAGCCACCCCUUGUAACCUGCCUCUGUCUCCCACAGACAGAAGCAAGGCGAGGAGUAAGGGGUGCUUCACAGUUGGCCAGGCCCCCCGAGGCAAGUGGCAGGGCCUGCUUCUGCCCUCUGUACCCUCAGUGUUCUGUGGGGUGCCCCUUCACCCCUGCCAUUCUGGGGCCCGUAGGGGAUGGCUGGGACAGGGAGGGGAUCCUGGCAUUGCACCCUGCACACACAAUAAACAACUGA